AUCAAGAGUGGCGAGAGGUAAACAAAACAAAAGAAAUCUCAUAUUUUCAAGAGCUUUUAGAUUUGUGUUUUGAUUUUGAUUUUCUCUAAUCGUUUUUUAUUAUUCCCCUUCUGUAAUAUCCCGCUUCUCUGAAUCCCUUUCUGUUAAUUAUCUGUCUUUCAAUUUAUGAUUUUUGGGUUUGUCUUUUAAUCAAAUUAAAAAGUAACAAACUUAGAAGAAUUUUUCGAAAGCCAGGUGUUUUCAGAAUCGAGAUCCAGCUUUUAUUUUAACUGUAAAGUUCUUUGAAAUUAGCCACAAGAGGGUUGUUUUUGAUCCCUUCAAGGCUAUUUUUUUUCUUCUUAAUUCAAGGUUUGAAAGGAUUGUCUAUUUAAAAUCCCUUCUAUAUCCCUUGUUGAAUUUUUUUCCUUUAAUUAACCUGUUCUUCAAUUUUAGAAAGAUUCGGGUAUAAGUUUUCGCAGGAAAUAUGGCAGCUAUGAUGAAUUUAUACAAUAACAUACAACUUCGCUUAGAUCCAUAUUCAGAUCCUUUUAGAGGUGAAUUAAUGGAAGUUCUUGAACCUUUUAUCAAAAGUCCUUCUCCGAAUUCAACACCAUCACCUUCUUCUUCUUCUUCUUUCCAUUCUUUCUACAAUGAUGGUUGUUCAACAUCGAUGACCCAUGGAUUUACCAACGGGUUAUCGAAUAGCCAGAACUUCAUAGGCUUUGUUCAACAACCAUCUUCUUCUUCUCUUCUUGGUCUUAACCAUUUGACCCCAUCUCAAAUCAACCAGAUCCAAGCACAAAUCCAACACCAAAACUUUACCUUGCAACAACAUCAACAACAGCAACGUCUCAGUAACACUCUUAGCUUCCUCAGUCCGAAGCCAAUCCCUAUGAAGCACGUGGGUAAUACUCCUUCAAAACCCACGAAGCUAUACAGAGGGGUGAGGCAAAGGCACUGGGGAAAAUGGGUUGCUGAGAUCAGACUCCCUAAGAAUCGAACCAGGCUUUGGCUUGGUACCUUUGAUACAGCAGAAGAAGCUGCUUUGGCUUAUGACAAAGCUGCUUAUAAGCUUCGUGGUGACUUUGCUAGGCUUAAUUUCCCGAAUCUCAAACACCAAGGUUCAUGUAUUGGUGUCGGUGAGUUUGGUGAGUAUAAACCUCUUCCUUCCUCGGUUGAUGCUAAACUUCAAGCUAUUUGUGAAGGUUUAGCUGAGAUGCAGAAACAGGGGAAGUCAGAGAAGCCUAAAAAAACACCAGCGGCUCGGUCCAAAGCUGCGUCGAAGGUGGUACCUUCGCCGGAGACGGUGGAGAAGUCUGUUGAUGAUUUGGAGAAGGGUUCUGGUUCAGUUUCAGAAGGGUGUUGUAAGGUUGAAGCUUCGAUUUCUCCGGUGAUGACCGAGACCGAGAGUGAAGGUUCUUCACCACUUUCAGUUCUUACUUUUGGUGAUGUUGGUGAACCACAGUGGGAAGGUGAUUCGGAAAAUUUUAAUUUGCUGAAGUACCCCUCUUAUGAGAUUGAUUGGGAUUCUCUGUGAAGUUUAGUGUCCUUAUAUGUAAUUUUUUUAUAAAUUUUCUAGUGAAGAUUCUCAUGUCAUGCAUGUAACUAGAUUUUAGUUUCUUAGAAAAGUGGUUACUGCAAUGGAAUUUUUGACAAUUGCAGUGCUACUACUUUAAGUAUAUUAUUGUAAAAUCUCUUGUUACCUUGUUCACAGCUGGUUUUUUUCUUGCUUGGCCGGGAGAAGAGAAGACACUUGUUAUGUUUAUCAGUGUUCAUAUUUGUAGCUGAAUCUAUUUAUGAAAUAUAAGUAUAAAUAUUGUAGUA